AAAUUAGAUUAUUUAUCAACAUUCAGAUACUACUGUGCGCAAUUAAUUGAUCAACAAAAAAAGCCAAAAAAAUAUAAAGAUUCUACUAAGCAUAGAGAUUGUUUGCCAAUGCAACAAUUCCACUGCAAAGGCUGGUUAAAGAUUACUGUAGACACAGAAAAAAAAGAAGUUUUUAUUGAAUUAACUUAUAAAUAUUAUGCCAAAUAUGCUGAU